AUGUGCGCAUUGGACUUGCUCGUACCAGCGUACCGUCCUACGUGUGUUCAGAAAACUACCGGUGGUGAACGCAAUAUGCCUCCCAUGGCCGGGCCCAACCACAUGCACGACCGUCUUUUCUCUCCCAGCAAUGGCUUGGAUCCAAUCAAAUCCUCAAUUCUCAGGGAGUCGGGGAUGGGUUGGAACUCAUCGCAAACCGGUGAAGGCUCUUCAGAGCAGAAGCCUAUCACCUCACCGCUACGUAUCGCCAAGAGAGACUCCCCGAAUCUCAGGCCGCGAGUAAGACCGCCACCGCCAGGAGCAGACCUCCCCCGUCGAACAUCCUCAAGCUACAAGCACGUACGAAGCAACAACCUCGUAUCCAAAUCACCUUUCAAAUCACAAAUUCCGACGCCAACACCCUCAAGACCAGCUGCUGUCCCGUUUCCAGCGUCCCCGCGAAGAGUCUCAGGCGAAAAGCGACCGCGACCAUCUUCGAUGCAUGAUGAUGCGGAGAACGAGAACGAGCGGCCGUUUGCCUUAAAACGGGAACGCAAACAAUCGAAGACAUUCCAGGGUUUACUUCAGAAAGAACCCGUUACAAGGAGUCCUUUCAGACGCACACCCUCUUUGGAAGAAGAUCCUUUACCGCCACCUCCCCCGCCACCCCGUGUACUGACUGAUAUUCCGAACGUAAGAAGCCCAGAUCCUCAGGUCGAAGAACGGGCUCUACCAGGCGGAGUGAGGAUGUUGGCGUCGACGUCGGCGAAAUCAAAUGCAGCCUCUCCCGCUAGAUCAUCCCUAGUCUCAAGGCGUAUGCACGGACCCCGCGUGAACAAUCCUAGCAAACGUGAGCGUCGCAAGACAGUCACAUUCGACGAGCGUUGCGACGUUCUGGAAUUCGACCGACAUGAAGGAGAGAGUGACGCCUUCGAAAGUGACGAAGAACAGGGCUUCGGACAACUUGAAGAUAACGAUGACGCGGAUCCAUUUUUUAUCUCUUCGAGUGCUCCAGAAAUAGAGCCGGAGAUGGACAUGCACUUCGAUGAAGCCUUUCACGACGACGCGCACUCGUACGACCUCAAUGGGGAUCUACAUGGUCCGCCCGACAGCUUCGAAGAGCCACCGAAAACGGUAGAUAGCUCGUACGAGAGCAUAGCUCUAUUGGAGGAUGUCCACGAACCGGGCCUCACGCUCGACCCAGAUUCAAGCAUCACUGGACUCGUGGAUGAGAUGUUUAACAAUGUCAACCCCGGGACGUCGAAUGAUCCUGUCGCAACUAGCACCCCUCCAAGCACCCCUCCCCCAAAUUUGCCACCUGAUCUCGAAACGGAGGACGGGAUUCCUCUUGGGCGGACGCAUCAUAGGGAUAGGCACCAUCAAUAUAAGAGCGACCAUCCAUUGCCCUCCCCGCCUGCCCACGAGAUCAACCUGUUACAGAGCCAGCAACGGCGACCUCUCCCCGAAAUCGAUGGUUCGCACCAAGAGUACCCCUUCUCUGCUCACUUGAGCCAAUUCCCGGAACCACCUUCGACACCUCCUCGGCGUCCCAGUCCGGCCCAAGAGAAGUCUUCUGAAGGACCGUUGGGUCGGUCCACCCAUAUGGAGAGGGUUCGCCUUGCCCGAGCAGAAGAGGAUCGUCGCGAGGAGUAUGUCAACAGGCUGCCCGCAUCUCCGUCUCCGAUGAAGACCCCUGCGAAGUGGGAUCACAACGGUGAUCUUCGUGAGGGUUUGAUCCCGAAGUUCAAUUUGCCAUCAGGAACACCAUCGAGUUCUCGCAGCGUCCCUAUGCAAGGAGCGGACCCUUUCGCCGUACCGAGCCUCACAGACGAGCCCCUCCCAGCUGACGUUAAUAACUCCGUGGAUGACGCAUUGGACCCAAAUAAUCUCUCGAUUGGGCAUUCCGAAGUAAGCCUCAACAUGUUGGAUUCUGACUUAGGUUUGGCAUACGAAGAUGGGGACUCUAAGGUCUCGCAUUUGGACGUUACCAAGUCUGAGAUGUCGUUUGGUCACAACAAUGUAGGGGAGUUGAUCAAGGACGAAGUCUUAUUUGACGCAUCGACACCGGAUAUCUCCACGCCGCCGCCGCCAUCCAUGCUCCGGCACCGUCUGUCGUCACCCACAUUGUCACCCUCACUUCUCGAUCGAGUUGCUUCUCCUGUAGGGAGAGGGUCGCCGUAUCAGUCGGCUCUUCAGCAGCGAGCGAUGUCACCGCUGUCUCGGGGGGCUUCCCCUGCCCACGUGUUGUCCAACCGUUCGAGCACCAGUAGCCUAAACAGUCCUGGCAGUUCUGCUGGAGGUCGUACCGCUUUACGUCCGCGGAUUCUUCGCGAUGAAGUUCGGCGUCGAAUGAGAGGCCCAAGACCAAGCGGUUCCCCGGCCAUGCCCAAAGCAUCGCAGUCUGAAGACGUCGAAUCUCCAGCUGCUGAUGCCUUGGGAACAGACGUAUCUCUAGACAAUUCAUCUCAUGGUCAGCAUUCCACUCCGGAUGACCAGUCUAUGGGAGAUCAAUCCUUGACGGAUUCAAUUAUUUCGCGCGACGAUAUUUCGGCGGCAGACAGCGAGGGGAGACAGUCCUCUCGUGAUAAGGACAGAAUGUCAGUCAUGACGGACCUCAGCGCGUUUAGCGUUGAAAUGGCUACUAUCCAGACUGCUCAAAGGCUGGACGUCCGACAGUCGCCUCCCCAACGACGCGACGAAGAUGUUCGGAGCCAGGAGGAAUCUCGACCAGGGCCAUCUACCGCACGCGAAUUUGGACUCAGGGUUCCGUCGGCGCAAUCAACGUUCGGCCUUAAAUUCGACUUCGGAAGUAAAUUCGGACUUGGAGGGUUAGGAAUUGAUGUCGGUAGCACGAGUUCCAAGGGUAGCACUUCGACCCUGAAGCCGACCUCUGUUAAGAUGGAGGCAUCCAGCCUUGCCACUCGCUCCAGUCGUGAAUCAACAACAUCAGUCCGCGUGGGCGAUGUCGAUGUAAACGUGGAUAUGAAGUCCGCCCUUGACCGUCUUUUGGACGACGUCGGAAGUUCUGGGGGUAUUGGUGCAGACCGUGUCGAUGACUCGAUGACGACAAAUACCACCUGUGAGGAUGACUCUCAAACUGACAUCAGUGUGCCUACAUCGCCGCCGACCGUCAAAGAGAGUGCGAGACCCAUGGCGCGAGCGGCGACAGAUAGCGCAGUCUUUGACCGAGCAGGCUCCCUUCCUGGGAGCAGGACCGCUAGCACAGGCAGUACAGCGCCACCUGUUCCUCCCAAAGAUGCCAUCCGUUCACGUGAAGAGCUUAUCUUGGAGAAGCGACGAGAAGCCCGGCGGAAAGAACAGCAAAUGUUUGAGGGGGAUGAUUCUCCUCGGCCUGAUCGAUAUCUUAACGUUGGGCUGGGGAGGCCCAGCCGGAGAAGGAGUAUGAGUACGGGCGAUGCUGACGUCUUGCGAGACAAUGCCAGGCGAAGAGCAGCCGCGGUGAGGGAAGGGAGUGGCACCAGCACACUGAACGUUCAAUGCCCCGAAGACCCUCUAACGGAUAGCAUUGAACAAGAGCUGCGGAAGAUGGAUAAGGGGAAGAAAUACUUCGUGCGGGAGCGUGAGGAGAUUGUCUAUGCAUCAGCCGAUGUUGAUAGAGUCUCACAUAUGGCGGGGCCAGGCGAUGUCAACGCUGGCAAAGCUUGGCGGACGGUUAGACGACCCUCCGAUAUGAAUGAGUACUCGAAACAAAUCAAGGAGUAUCGUACCCAAGAGAAAGGUAAAGCAUACGGCAAGGUCUUCGUCAAAGUUCUCGGUGUGAAGAACAUCCAUCUACCACUUCCAGAGCAACCGACCGCCAUGACCUGUACACUCAACAACGGAAUCCAUUAUGUCACCACUCCUGAUUGCAAACUCGCUCAGGAUUGUCGUAUAGAACAGGAAUUUGAACUUAUUGAACAUAGCAAGCUCGAGUUUACUCUUACCAUUCAAAUCCGUCAAGACCCACACGUCAAAGCAUUAUUUAAAUCCAUUUUCCCUGCCGCACCUCCUUUAGCACCAGUCCUUCCUUCCCCUCCCCCCAUCGUCCAACAGUCAUCCUCAAGAGAUAAAAAACGAUCGCCUCCUCUUCCCCCUCCCUCUCAACCCACACCGCAACCACAACCGAUACAAAGACUAAACGAAAACUUGGCUCGGUAUCUGAAGUCGGACGGUACACUCGCCCGCGCGUUUAUAUCAUUCAAGGACGUCGCUCCGCGCUGUGAUACACGUAUAUUCGAGACCAGUUAUCCUCUGAUCGGGCAACGUUUGGAGCUUGGCAACAAGCACUCUACAGUUCAAGUUGGGGACAUCGUCCUACAGAUAUUUAGGCUUCCGCCGUUGCCGGGUGUUCCGCAAGAUCAACUGCCGCAGAGUCUGGAUGAGUGCCAUCGAGGACUGCGAUAUAUCAAUUGGCACAAGAUCACUUACUUCGAAGGUAUAUUGACACAGAACGGUGGUGAUUGCAGUUCGUGGCGCCGCCGACAAUUCCGAGUGAUCGGCGGGCAUCUCGUAGCGUUCAAUGAUAUUACCAAGAAGGCCACAGCCACGAUUGACCUCAAGAGAGCGGUCGCUAUCGAAGACGAUCAAGACACUCGAAACGGCCCUCACAGCCCUCAGUCUGACUUUGACAUGUUGGGAGGUGUCGAACGAUCUUUCCGCCUGAAGUUCCCUGGAGACGAAGAGAUUGUAUUCUUCGCGGAUACGGACGAUGAAAAGUCGAGAUGGUUGGAGGUUUUGCGGGCCCUGGUAGGACAUAUACCUCCCCAUCCCCUUUGGGCGGAACUCCUGUGGCAGCGUCAAGAAGAACUUUCCAAGAAUAUGAACGCGAGGGCGUAA